AUGGCCGAGUCUUCUCUUGUUCUUGUCAUAACAAAGAUUGGCGCGGCUGCGGCACUACAGGCUAGUUCAAUUCUUGCAAACAGAGCAGAUGCUGUGGUAGCAAUCCCAAAUGACAUGAUACUGAUAAGAAAUGAACUGGAGCUUAUGCACGCAUUUCUUAUGGAUAAUCACAGGACAGGUGUGUCAGAUCAAGUCACUGAAACUUGGAUUGGUCAAGUCCGUAGAUUGGCACAUAACAUGGAAGACAUUGUGGAUCAGUUUAUCUAUGUUGUAGGCACACAUCAUCAGCAAGAAUCGUCAUGGUUGGGUUGUGUGAAGAAAGUAGUCAAGAAACCUCAAUCUCUAUUAACUCUAGAUGAGAUUGCCAUUAAAAUUCAGAAUAUAAAUCGAGAACUUCAACGACUUAAGCUAAGUAAGGACUGGACUCAACCAAUAUCAGGUGUGAGUGAUUUUCCUGCAAAACACUAUGACCUCCAGCAUCAAGCAUACCUUCCUGGUCAUGAUUUCUCGAUUGCUGCUGAUGAGCUUGUAGGGUUAGAAAAGAACAAAGAAAGCUUGAUCAGGUCCUUGCAUAUGGAAGAUUGCUCCAAGCUGCGGAUGAUUUCUGUCUGGGGUAUGGGUGGUAUUGGAAAAAGCACCCUUGUCACAAAUGUGUACAGGGAGGAAGCAACAAGCUUCGAAUGCCAUGCAUGGAUUUCUGUGUCCCAGUCAUUUGAAUUGGUUGACAUCUGGAAACAAAUGUUGAAAAAAAUUAAUGUUCAAGACAAGCCAGAGUAUGAUUUUGAACAUAUGAGUAGCGAAGAGCUUCAAGUGAAAGUGAAGGAAAUCCUUCACAAAAAGAGAUAUUUGAUCAUAUUGGAUGAUGUAUGGACAUCCAUAGAUCUAAUGAAAAUUAAAGAGGUUCUUGUUGAUGAUUGCAUGGGAAGCAGGAUAAUCACCACAAGCAGAAGUGAGGAAGUUGCUGCGAUAGCGGAUGAUGGUUGUACUUUAAGAGUAGAGCCAUUAGAUCACCAUGAUUCAUGGCGGCUAUUUUGUAGGAAGGCAUUUCCAAAAACUGAAAAUCACAUGUGCCCUCCAGAGUUACAUCUGUAUGGUGAAAGAAUAGUGAACAAAUGUGAUGGUCUACCGCUUGCUCUUGUAUCAAUAGGGAGCAUAUUGUCCCUUAGAACAAAAAAUAUUGUAGAAUGGAAGCUGUUUGAGGAUCAUCUUAUUUGGGAGCUGCACCAUAAUGAGAACCUCAACCAUGUGGAGAAGAUUCUGAAUUUAAGCUACAAGUAUCUUCCCAACUAUUUGAAGAGUUGUUUCUUGUAUUGUGCUAUAUUCCCAGAAGACUAUGCUAUUGAUGCAGAUUAUUUGAUUAAAUUAUGGAUCUCUGAAGGGUUUAUUGAACAAAGAGGGACUUGCAGCUUAGAAGUUGUUGCUGAAGGUUAUCUUGAAGAACUCAUUAGACGAAACAUGCUUCAUGUUUCAGCAAGGAACAGCUUUGGCAAGAUUAAGUUUCUUGAAAUGCACGAUCUUGUGCGAGAGCUAGCAAUAUUCUGCUCCAAAAAGGAGAAUUUCAGCAUAAUUUAUGAUUCCAGCCAUAGAGUGGUACCGGCAGGAUUGAUUUCUCGUCGAAUUGGGGUGCACAAGUGCAAUGAGGACCUCACAACAAGAAUAGAUGUAUCAAAGGCUCGGACCAUACUUUGUUUUGACUCUACAAUGCCAUCAGCUCUUUGGUCCACUGUUCUAGAACAUUGCAAGUAUAUUGCCGUGUUGGACUUAUCAUACAUUGCAAUUGAGGUUAUCCCACAUUCGGUUGGUGAGCUAUUUAACCUCAAGUUUUUGAACUUAGAUGUGACCCCAGUGAAGGAACUACCCAAAUCAAUUAGGAAUCUUAACAAGCUUGAGACAUUGAGUCUGGAAGAUACAAACUGUUUGGUAUUACCACAUGGGGCUACAAAGCUUAAAAAAUUGAGACAUUUUAAUAUGUGGAAAAAUCUGCGUGACUCAGAGUUGACUUUCAAGACUUAUGAAUCCACUGAACCGUUUGAGGGUUUGUGGUUUCUGAAGGAACUUAAGACACUGCAUUCAGUUAGAGCUAGCAAAGUUCUUGUUGAAAAAAUAGGGAACUUGUCUCAGCUUUGCAGCCUUAUGAUUAAUGAGGUAAAAACAAUCCAUUGUGCACAACUCUGCAGCUCUUUAUCAAAGAUGGUCCAACUCCAGAGUUUGACAAUAAGAGCCAUUGAUGAGAAUGAGGUGCUCCAACUUGAAGCAUUGACACUGUCAAACCCUCUUCAAACGCUUUGUUUGGAAGGGAAACUGUCAGAAGGAACCCUGAAAUCUCCGUUUUUCUCAACCCAUGGACAUGUGCUUUUUGAACUAUCACUAUCUUGGUCUCAGUUCAGUGAGGAUCCAUUGCCGCUCCUCUCAGGGUUUUUAAAGUUGACCCAUUUAGAUCUUAGGAGAGCUUAUAUUGGGCAGAAGAUAAACUUCGCGGCUGGCUGGUUCCCAGAUUUGAAGGUGAUGCGUUUGCGAGAUUUGCCAUGCGUCAAUGAAAUAUGCAUUGAUGAAGGAGCUUUGGGCCGCCUUGAAGAUAUUAUUAUCCAUAAACUUGUGGAACUUCGGGGCUUUCCUGAACAGCUAGAAUACCUCAAAUAUGCACACUUUUCUGGCUUGCAUCCUGAUAAUCAACAGCAAAGCUAG